CGCAUUUCCUACGUAGAAACCCCUUUGAACAGUGUAAGCAAGGAGAACGGCACCAAGCUAGCGUUACUUGUGUACGUGCGCGUGCAUGACGUGUGUGUCGACGUUUGGGAAAGAGGGGAGGAUUUGGCGAUCCCAACUUGCAAAUCUUUGAUUUCAACCCUAAAAAUGGCCCUUCUAACCCUCAGCAGGUUUGCCCUAGGUUCUAGCGUGAGCCGCCUCACGAAACAAUUGGUAACGGUAACAAGACCUGUUGCUGUUGCUCGGGUAUCCACGUCGAACGUGCAGCGCGAAUCUUCGACUUCGGGACGAUCGCAUUCGCAGAACUUUUCGUCCACUGAUGUUGACGGUGCUGGGGGAACUAGGUCGAGGUUCUUUGUCGGGGGUGCUCUUUUACUUGGUGGGAUUGGUCUGACUGCCUACACAAAGUUUGUCAACAACUCUGAGUGUGCCACUGCAAAGACCACAAAGUCGGCUGGAGACUCUCUCAGUGCUGCAGAAAAAGCUGGUUUGCCGAUCAAAGGCCUGCCUGAGUACAGCCAAGAGGAAGUGGCCAAGCACAAGACACCAGACAAGGGUAUCUGGAUGACCUACAAGAAUGGCGUGUACGAUGUGACCUCAUUCAUGAAGGCUCACCCAGGAGGAGGCAAGAUUUGGCUGGCGGCAGGUGGGUCACUUGAGCCAUUCUGGGCACUGUAUGCAGUGCACAAGUCUGAUGAAGUGUUUGAGAUCUUGGAAGAGUAUCGCAUUGGCAACUACCAAGACGCUGACAAGAUCAAGCACAAGGAUUUAAGUGAUCCGUUCGCCAAUGAUCCCUACCGUCACCCAGCUCUCCGUGUCAACUCUGAGAAACCUUUCAAUGCUGAGCCGCCACCUAGCCUACUGGUGGACAGUUUCGUCACCCCAAAUGAGCUGUUCUUUGUAAGGAACCACCUUCCUGUACCCCAGUGUGACAUGCAGAAUUUCAAGCUCCGUGUUGAGGUUCCAGGCAAGAAGACCAUCAACUUGUCUAUGGACAACCUGAAGAAGAACUUCAAGGAGCACACCAUCAUGGCCACCAUGCAGUGUGCCGGCAAUCGCCGAAGCCAAAUGUCUGGCUACAAGACCGUCAAAGGUUUGUCCUGGAGGUAUGGGGCCAUCAGUACUGCAGAGUGGACGGGCGUGAAGCUGCGAGACCUUCUCCUUCAAGCUGGGCUGACAGAGGAGGACGAGGCCAAAUUCGCUCACAUUCAGUUUGAGGGUCUGGACAAGGAUGCCAGUGGUGGACACUAUGGCUCCUCCAUCCCAUUUUCAGUAGCCAUGAAUCCCUUCCGGGAUGUCCUAGUAGCCUACAAGAUGAAUGGCACCGAUAUCCCGGCUGAUCAUGGCUGUCCUCUGAGGGUGAUCAUUCCUGGAAACAUCGGUGCCCGCAGUGUCAAAUGGCUGUACAAGAUUGUCGCCAGUGACCAGGAAAGCCCAAGCCACUGGCAGCAGAAUGAUUACAAGAGUUUCAACCCCUCGGUAGACUUCGGACAGCUUGACUACAAGACAGCACCUGCUAUCCAGGAGUACCCCGUCCAGUCAGCCAUCUGUACACCGAGGGAUGGAAGCAAAGUCGACGUCGAUGAGGAGAAGGUUACCAUCAAGGGAUAUGCCUGGAGCGGAGGGGGACGGGGCAUCCUUCGGGUGGACGUAUCAGUUGACGGGGGUAAGGAAUGGCACGUGGCCGAGCUACAAGACGCAGGCCAAAAAAUCAGUAGGGUUUGGGCCUGGACUCUUUGGGAGGCUGAAAUUCCCAUCCCAAAGGAUCACGGCGGCAAGCUAGAUAUCUGCUGUAAGGCCAUCGAUUCCUCCCACAAUGUCCAGCCAGAUACAAUGAAAGGUAUCUGGAAUGUCAGGGGGCUACUCAAUACAGCCUGGCACCGCAUCCAUGUUGGUGUUGUUCAAGAAGAGUGAUUAAUCUGCCAACUCUGCAGAUACAUGCAGCAUUGGAUUUUGUUGGUUUGGGUAAAGAACCGCAGAAGAUUGCCUCCACCUCUUCAAUUGUAAUCAUUCAAAGGAAGCUUUCAAUUUUAUUGUAAAAAAAGUACAGUAAACUCCGGCCAAGUGGACAUCGUACAACUCGUCAAAUCACUCAAGUCGGUCGUCUAACUAAAGUCCCAAUUGUCUGUAAUGCAUUUCCAUUAAAUUUUUUAUUUCUAAGUCGGCUUUUAUAAGUCGCCACAUCGCUCAAGUCGUCGUGUUAC